AGGGCCCUGGGAGCUGCCUUCUGCACCCAGAACGAGUGCUGGGAUGGCGAGUCCCUCGGGCCACCACCAGAGUGGGACAGACAUCCAUGCUCCCAGGAGCUAUGCCUGUCCCAGAUCAGCCUCCGUCAACCUCUGAGAAGACCAGCUCCCUGAGCCCGGGCUUGAGCACCUCCAAUGGGGACGGCUCGGAAACGGAAACCACCUCUGCCAUCCUUGCCUCAGUAAAAGAACAGGAAUUGCAGUUUGAAAGACUGACCCGAGAGCUGGAGGCUGAACGUCAAAUCGUAGCCAGCCAACUGGAGCGAUGCAAGCUUGGAUCCGAAACUGGUAGCAUGAGCAGUAUCAGUUCAACAGAAGAACAGUUUCAUUGGCAAUCCCAAGAUGGUCAAAAAGAUAUCGAAGAUGAACUUACCACAGGUCUUGAGUUGGUGGACUCCUGUAUUAGGUCUCUGCAGGAAUCAGGAAUUCUUGACCCCCAGGAUUAUUCAACAGGUGAAAGACCCAGCCUGCUCUCCCAGAGUGCCCUCCAGCUCAAUUCCAAACCAGAAGGGUCUUUCCAGUAUCCGGCCAGCUACCAUAGCAACCAGACCCUGGCUCUGGGUGACACGGCCCCGUCGCAGCUGCCUGCCCGCAGCGCCCAGGCCCGAGCCGCCAGCCAGAGCUUUAGCCAGGGCACGACGAGCCGCGCGGGGCACCUGGCGGGGCCCGAGCCCGCGCCGCCGCCGCCACCGCCGCCGCCGCGGGAGCCGUUCGCGCCCAGCCUGGGCAGCGCCUUCCACCUGCCCGACGCGCCGCCCGCCGCCGCCGCCGCCGCCGCGCUCUACUACUCGAGCUCCACGCUGCCCGCGCCGCCGCGCGGGGGCUCCCCGCUGAGCGCCCCGCAGGGCGGCUCGCCCACCAAGCUGCAGCGCGGCGGCUCGGCCCCCGAGGGCGCCGCCUACGCCGCGCCGCGCGGCUCCUCGCCCAAGGGCUCGCCCAGCCGCCUGGCCAAGUCCUACAGCACCAGCUCGCCCAUCAACAUCGUCGUGUCGUCGGCCGGCCUGUCCCCGAUCCGCGUGACCUCGCCCCCCACCGUGCAGUCCACCCUCUCCUCGUCGCCCAUCCACCAGCUGAGCUCCACCAUCGGCACGUACGCCACCCUGUCGCCCACCAAGCGCCUGGUGCACGCGGCCGAGCCGUACGGCAAGCACUCGCAGGAGCUGUAUGCCACCGCCACCCUCCAGAGGCCGGGCAGCCUGGCAGCCGGGUCCCGGGCCUCGUACAGCAGCCAGCACAGCCACCUGGGCCCAGAGCUGCGGGCCCUGCAGUCCCCUGAACACCACAUCGACCCCAUUUAUGAAGACCGUGUCUACCAGAAGCCCCCCAUGAGGAGUCUCAGCCAGAGCCAGGGGGACCCUCUGCCGCCAGCACACACCGGCACUUACCGCACGAGCACAGCCCCAUCUUCCCCCGGCGUCGACUCGGUGCCCUUGCAGCGCACAGGCAGCCAGCACGGGCCGCAGAGCGCCGCCGCCUUCCAGAGAGCCAGCUACGCCGCGGGCCCGGCCGCCGGCUACGCCGACCCCUACCGCCAGCUGCAGUACUGCCCCUCGGCGGAGUCGCCCUACAGCAAGUCCGGGCCCGCGCUCCCGCCCGAAGGCACCUUGGCCCGGUCGCCGUCCAUCGACAGCAUCCAGAAGGACCCCAGAGAAUUCGGAUGGAGAGACCCGGAACUGCCCGAAGUGAUCCAGAUGUUGCAACAUCAGUUUCCCUCUGUCCAGUCCAAUGCCGCAGCCUAUUUACAGCACCUCUGUUUUGGCGACAAUAAAAUUAAAGCUGAGAUAAGGCGACAAGGAGGCAUACAGCUCCUGGUGGACCUGCUGGAUCACCGGAUGACCGAGGUCCACCGCAGUGCUUGUGGAGCUCUGAGGAACUUGGUGUAUGGGAAGGCCAACGAUGAUAACAAAAUUGCUCUGAAAAACUGCGGUGGCAUCCCGGCACUGGUGAGGUUGCUCCGAAAGACCACCGACCUGGAGAUCCGGGAGCUGGUCACAGGAGUCCUUUGGAACCUCUCGUCAUGUGAUGCCCUCAAAAUGCCAAUUAUCCAGGACGCCCUGGCAGUGUUGACCAACGCGGUGAUAAUCCCCCACUCCGGCUGGGAAAACUCGCCACUGCAGGAUGAUCGGAAAAUACAGCUGCAUUCGUCACAGGUGCUGCGCAACGCCACUGGGUGCCUGAGGAAUGUUAGUUCUGCUGGAGAGGAGGCGCGCAGAAGGAUGCGGGAGUGUGACGGGCUCACGGACGCGCUGCUAUACGUGAUCCAGUCCGCCCUGGGGAGCAGUGAGAUCGAUAGCAAGACCGUUGAAAACUGUGUGUGCAUUUUAAGGAACCUCUCGUACCGGCUUGCAGCAGAAACGUCUCAGGGACAACACAUGGGCACGGAUGAGCUGGACGGACUCCUCUGUGGCGAGGCCAACGGCAAGGACGCAGAGAGUUCUGGGUGUUGGGGCAAGAAGAAGAAGAAGAAGAAAUCCCAGGAUCAGUGGGAUGGAGUAGGACCUCUCCCAGACUGUGCAGAACCACCAAAAGGAAUCCAGAUGCUGUGGCACCCAUCCAUAGUCAAACCCUACCUCACACUGCUCUCUGAGUGCUCAAAUCCAGACACGCUGGAAGGGGCGGCAGGCGCCCUGCAGAACUUGGCUGCAGGGAGCUGGAAGGGCUGGGCUGAGGAUGUGGCAGGCAUGGCGAAUGCCUUUCGGUCACUGCCAGAGGGGGCUCCCUGCCUGCCACAGUGGUCCGUGUAUAUCCGAGCUGCAGUCCGAAAGGAGAAGGGUCUGCCCAUUCUUGUGGAGCUGCUCCGGAUAGACAACGACCGUGUAGUGUGUGCGGUGGCCACGGCGCUGAGGAACAUGGCCUUGGACGUCAGAAAUAAGGAGCUCAUCGGCAAGUACGCCAUGCGAGACCUGGUCCACAGGCUCCCAGGGGGAAACAACAGCAACAGCUCGGCGAGCAAGGCCAUGUCGGAUGACACCGUGACAGCUGUCUGCUGCACCCUGCACGAGGUGAUCACCAAGAACAUGGAGAACGCCAAGGCCUUACGGGAUGCCGGCGGCAUUGAGAAGUUGGUCGGCAUCUCCAAAAGCAAAGGAGAUAAACACUCUCCCAAAGUGGUCAAGGCGGCAUCUCAGGUCCUGAACAGCAUGUGGCAGUACCGAGAUCUGAGGAGUCUGUACAAAAAGGAUGGAUGGUCACAGUAUCACUUUGUCGCCUCAUCGUCGACCAUCGAGAGGGACCGACAAAGGCCCUACUCCUCCUCCCGCACUCCCUCCAUCUCCCCCGUGCGCGUGUCUCCCAACAACCGCUCAGCAAGUGCCCCAGCUUCACCUCGGGAAAUGAUCAGCCUGAAAGAAAGGAAAACAGACUAUGAAUCCACUGGCAGCAAUGCCACUUACCACGGAACUAAAGGGGAGCACGCUUCCAGGAAGGACACGAUGACAGCUCAAAAUACUGGAAUUUCAACUUUGUAUAGGAAUUCAUAUGGUGCGCCCGCUGAAGACAUCAAACAUAACCAGGUUUCAGCGCAGCCGGUCCCACAGGAGCCCAGCAGAAAAGAUUACGAGACCUACCCGCCGUUCCCGAAUUCCACGCGCAAUUACGAGGAGUCCUUCUUCGAGGACCAGGUCCACCAUCGCCCUCCCGCCAGCGAGUACACCAUGCACCUGGGACUCAAGUCCACCGGCAACUAUGUCGACUUCUACUCGGCCGCCCGUCCCUACAGCGAACUGAACUAUGAAACGAGCCACUACCCCGCCUCUCCCGACUCCUGGGUGUGAGCCGCGGGCGGGCGCAGGCGCUGCGGGAGCCGUGCAUGUGCAUGCAGCCCACAGACAUUUCUUUAGUUUUUUCCCUGCCAGUUUAGUUUGUUAAAGCCUGUUCCGUAGGAAGGCUGUGAUAACCAGUGCGGAAAUACUCAGAGCUAUUUUAGAAAGCUAAAUGCAGCGAAAGGUAACCUGGGAUCAGUAGAAAGCAGAAGCAAUCCUAAGCUAUGACCGUGCACAGCGACGUUCUAGUUUGAGCAGUAGAGUGUAAAAAGCGCUUUAAAGUGAAUGUGGCGGAAGGAAGGAGAUUGGAGAUGGUAGGGUGGUGGGACGGGAAGGUUCUCGUUAAGCACAAGAUGCAGAAUAGUUUACACUCCGGGGGGACGGCUUCUCACACUUUGUUUACUCUCCUCAUCCAUUGUGACUCUAGCUUCAAGUUGCAUUGGGGUUCCUCUGUACAGCGAGAUGUUUCUUGCCUUUUGUUAAUGCAUUGUUGUAAAGUAUUUGAUGUACAUUACAGAUUAAAAAAGGAAAGUGCAUUGUGUAUAUUACACGAAUGCCACUGUGUUUCCUCAUCUGUGAUCUGAAUAUUGCUUCAAUUUCAUACUUUUGAAAGAUGUAUGGAUUUCCAGUUUUUCUUUUCUUUUCUUUCUCCCCAGUAUGUUUUAACAACAAAAAAAAGCAGAAGCAAAACAAAAAAAAAUGAGGGGGAAAAAAAAGGAAUAUUUAGCAGUAUUGUUCGUUCUGAUAUGUGAAUUUGUUUGUGGCAACUAAACAAGGCAUUCAACAGUUUCUGACAAUUAACAUACAUCAUUCCACACUCCUUGUCAACAAAGUGCUUUUUCACUGCCUAAAAUUUUAGAUGUAGAUAUUUGAAAUAGAUUUUUUUCAUUUAUACCAGUUUUCUUUAUGAUGAUACAGUGUUAAAAGAAAAUAAAUUACAAUUGAUCUGUCAUCCAUAUUUGCUAAGAAUGUCUAUUUCCAAGGAACUAGCUUACAGAAUACACAUUCUUGCUUGUGUGUCUGUGUGGGUGAGUGUGUGUAUGUCCACAUAUGUGUAAAAAUGACCUGUAUGAGACUUCUUUUUUUUGAUAGAAGCUAUUUCAUUUGCUGUUCAUCUUGUACAAAUUUUGUUUUUGGAUUUUAGUAUCAGUGUGCAUCAGUUUGUUCCUUCUGUACUGUAUCUACUCUUCUAACCAUCUAGUGACUCAGGAUAUUAGGCCAGUUGAAGUGAAGUUAUAGGAUUCUCACCCAUUCACACAUUCUUGGAUACCGAUCCUUUCACAGGUCCAUUUCCUUCCAUGUUUUAUGCCCUCAGAACAUGAUAAACCAUGGCCAAGUCAAUAAUUUCACUUUGGGGCCAACUACUUGAAAUAUCCAUAGGAAAGGUAAACUGCUCACCUUAUCCACUCCCCUCCAAAUUUUUUUGUUCACGUGGCAGGGAGCAGACAAUUAUGGAUUAGAUUUAUUAAAAUUGAACUUGAAGCUAAUGUUAGAAUAGUGUUAACAGAGCUGAGAAAUAAGGCUGACCAUUUGAAAGAACACGGGCUGUGGGUAAAUUAGCUUUGCUCUUUAGAUGCAAGUGACUGAGGCCAAUAGGUGCCUAGUAAAUGUUAACUGUUCUUGGAAAAAAAUAAAAAAAAAUUAAAUAUCAAAAGAGAUUGGCUGCCAUCUUCCUUUAAAACUUGCUCCCCUUCAUUUAAUUCAGCUCAAAGUCUAAAAUCAAUGGUUCUUUCUCCAAAAUUAACUUCAAAAGAGACUUUAUUCAUGCAGAGUUUGGAAAUGAAAAGCUAAUUUCCAGAAUACAGCAGUUGACAGAAAUUUACAUAUGAAUUUUCCUACAAACUGUGUACACAUUUAACCUUGUCACAUCAUUUACCAUAGGACACUACUUUUCUGUGUUCCCACACGGGAAUGCUGCCCUGCAGCCCCUCCAGCUCCUAUACAUAGAGAGAAAUAGGUAGCAUCAAGGAAAAUGUUUGCACUUCAUCUGGGU